CUUAGCAGGGAAGUCUGGUACUGGCUCUGUUACAGUUCUGCUGAAACUCACACAUUGGGACUGAUUGUUUCUCUGUUUCAGCUGCGGGCUCGUUUGAUGAUGAGUGUCAUUGCAGUCCAGUCUGUGAAAAUGGUGACAGCCAACAUGUUGCUGAGGGUCUUCUUUGUUUCAGGUGCUCUGGCUGAUUGUCCUCACGGUCCAUCCCUAUUCAUUACUGCACCAAAGAACAUGGAAGCACUGAGUGGAUCUUGUCUGAUAAUCCCAUGUAACUUUAGUGCUAAACCAGAUCAGGAACUCAACAGCGUAAGAACCUUUGGAGUGUGGAUUAAAAAUGACUCCAGAUUUGGCAUCAAUAGAAAUAAUGUUAUUUUCAACAGUAGUGGGACAGUUACCACCUAUACAAUGAGUAUUACUGGAGACCUGAGUCAGAAAAACUGCACCACCUUGUUUUCCGGUUUAAUCACAAGUUACACUGACACAUACUUCUUCAGAAUUGAGAACGGGCCAUUUCUGGGAACAGCUUCUUGUGAUCGUCUUCAAAUAACAGUUCAAGAUUACCCCCCGAGCCCCAGAAUUGAGAUCUCAGGUGAUCUGAAGGAGAAGGAGUCUGUCACUAUAAGCUGCUCAGCUUCCACUCCCUGUCCACACUCCCCUCCUAAACUCACCUGGAAUCUCCAACAAGACCCUCCCAACACCAUAGAGGAGAACACAGAUCGGACCUUCACAACUAAAAUCCAGGAGACCAUCACUCUGUCAGACACACAUGAUGGAUUCACCAUCAGCUGUUCUGCCACAUAUCCUGUGAAUGAAGGAAGAGAAGUCAAGACAGCAGAGGAGAGAAAGACUCUCAAUGUUUCAUAUAAUCCAGAGUUUGGGGUUGAUGUCUACGUUACAGUGAAGAUCCUGGGAAUCAUAACGCUCUACAGUACACUCAUCAUCUUUGAGUGCUGGUUGAGAUCACAAUGCUGCAACAAACCAGUGAAGGACGCAGGAGAAGAAGACUACGUCAACAGAGUGAUUGAGAUUCAAGCAUCAUGAAGGUGAAGAGGAAAACAUCAUGAUCACCAUGAAUGGAAUAUUUCUCCAUUUCUUAUUCCUCCGAUUUAUUUUAGAAUUUAUUUGUAUUAAUUUCUGUGGGUCACCAUAAUCCGGUUCCAGGAAAUACAUCAAACAAGGCGAAACAACAAAUAAAAAAGAAACAAAAAAGAAAAUGAAGUAAAAAAGUAUUUGCCAACUAGUUGGAUAUCUUAUUCCCUCUAUAUCUUGAAAAAUACACAUUUUUGGAGAGAAUAUCAUUUUUCUGUUAGUAUACUUAGAUAACCAAAUCUCUAUACCCUCCCAAGUCUUCUUUAUUCCUUUGCAGUACCUAAAGGCAUGCAUAAGGGAGUCACCAUAUAGAUUACAUUUUAGGCAUAUAUCUGAUGAUGUGUUAUCAAACUUGUUUAUUUUAUCUCAUAGU